UUUUACCUUCUUCGAUAAUAUUAUACUUGUUUCACUGAAUGUUAACCCUUUCUAAACAGUAGUGUACGGACAGAAAGAAAACCCCCAUUCUCUUGUUUAUUUCUUUCUGUAAUCCUCUUUUCGAAACAUCAUUGUUGUCUUUCUGAAAACUUUGAACUCAGGUGCAUAAAUCCGGCAAUUUUGUCAGCGCCGUGUCAAAAAUUGUUUAUGGUGCAAUUGAACUCAGAGCCUUUUGGUAAAAAAAAACCUAAUCUCCAUAUUCCUGGAUUGAAUCAAAAAAAGAAAUGAGUUAUGUGUCAUAUAUACACAAGCCCUCGUCAGUGAGACAUGCCGUCGUUUGUCAAUUUGUCGACUCAGUGUCGUGCAAUGUAAUUAUAGCUAAAACUAAUUGUGUUGAGAUCUACGAGUAUAGUGAUGAAAAUAAUCUUCAGCUUAUAACAUUCACUAAUAUAUUUGGACGAAUUGUUGGUUUAAAAGCAUUUCGCCCUGCAUUGUCGUCGACGGACCAUAUAAUUAUUGCUACUGAUUCUUUUCAUUAUUUUACUAUCUUUUGGGACUCCGAAAAUCAAACAAUUGCAAAUGGAAUGAAAAUACAAGACUGCAGUGUCCGUUCUCUUCGAGAAAGUCAAUCUGGUCCUUUACUACUUGUUGAUCCCUUCCAGCGUGUCGUAUGUUUACAUAUUUAUCAAGGGCUUUUGACGAUUAUUCCAAUUAUCAACUCUAAAAAACGGCGCCUAAAUAGCACGGACGGUUUUCUUCAUGAUAAUUUUAAUGUCCGAAUCAAGGAACUAGAUGUUGUGGAUAUAUGUAUGCUUCAUACUCCUUCAGUUCCCACUUUAGCUGUUUUGUAUCGUGACAGUAAAUCCGUCGUACAUCUUUCCACCUAUACCAUAAACGUUCGCGAGUGUGAAAUUGAUGAAGACAACUUGUAUUGCCAUGAUAUUGAAGAAGGUAAGCUUAUCGCGCAUAGUAAUGGUGGUGUGUUCGUCUUUGGUGAAAUGUAUGUUUAUUACAUUAGUAAAGAGCUUAAAGCCUCUAAAUCUUUACUUUCUUAUCCGAUUUCAGCUUUCACUGGGGUUUUAGUUUCCGAUCCUCUAGAAGAUUUAUUUUCCAUCAAGUAUGAUCCAAACCAUUUCUUUGUGACUGAUGAAAGCGGUCUUAUAUACCAUUUUUAUUCGGAGUUUUCUCAGGAUGGCUUGAAAAUGGACUUGGAAAAGCUUGGUGAGUCUUCGAUUGCUACUUGCAUGGUUUCCCUUCCCCAUAAUAAGGUUUUUUUGGGUAGUCAUUACGGUGAUUCUGCAGUCCUACAAUUAGAUAAUCCUGGCUUGGCUAACCAAGGACUGAACAUACAAACUCUACAGGUUUUUCCUAACAUAGCUCCUAUAAGUGACUUUAUCGUCGAACAUGAAAGUUCCGGAUCUUCCAUUAUUACAUGCAGCGGUGCUUAUAAGGAUGGAAGCUUACGAGUUUUAAAAAACACCGUCCCAAUACAAGACGUAGGAAUUAUAGAAAUGGAUAGUAUCAAAGAAGUGUUUUCUGUCUCUUUUCAUGCCGAUUAUGACAACUACAUUAUUAUUAGCUUUCCUAGUGAAACCCGGGUACUACACGUCUCCUCCGAAGGCGAAUUUUCAAUUUGCGAUGAACUUUCAUGUGAUUCAUCUACAUUAAGCGUCGGUAUUGUCGAUGAAGGAAACCAAAUCUUACAAGUCACUGCUUCAGGUCUGCGGUUGUUUGAUGGAAUGAAGCUCAUGUCCUGGUCGCCUGAAGCUAAUAUAACUAGUGGAAAUAUGUAUAAAAAUCUUGUUUGUGUUGCUUUAACAGGAGGUACUCUGAUUUUCCUUCGUAUGUUGGAAGAAAUUGCUAGGUUUCAAUGCAAUGCGGAGAUUUCAUGUCUUGACUUUUUGGAUGAUUCUACUUGCUUUAUAGGACUGUGGUCGUCUUCAAUCUUAGUAUUAAGGAUUGGACAGGAAAACAUUCAACAGCUAUGUCAAUUUGAAUUGAAAGACGUUCCCCGAAGUUUAGCUUGUUUUUCGUUUAGUAAUCAGGUGAAUGAUUUCCUUUACGUAACUACGAAUGAUGGCCAAUUUUUACAAUACUGUUUCGGUAAAAAAGGUCUUCCUGACGCUGUAUGCAAAGUAAUACGAAUAGGCAACACUCCCGUCAGCUUGAAAUCCUUAAUCUUAAAUGGAAAAAAAACUCUAGUUUCUAUUGCUGAAACUCAGCAAUUUAUCCACAUGGAAUCAAAUAAACUUGUUUUCAGUCCCUUUCCUUCUAAAGAGAUCGUCAGUAUUACUAGAUUCUGUCAUCCUAAUAUAAAUACGUCUCUUGUGUAUUGUACUGGAUCCAAUUUAAUUAUGGCUUCUCUUGGUGUUAUUCAGGGUUUGACUAUACAAACAAUCCCUGUAGAAGGGUUCCCACGAAGAAUUUGCUCCUCAGACAAACAUUAUUUUGUCCUUUGUAUGCAGUUAGAAGAUGCUAUAGGAAAUCAAGAGCAAAGUCUAAAAUCGUCACUCCGAGUUUUUGAUAAACUAACAUUAGAAGAGAUCUGUCACUUUGUCUUCGAUCAAAAUGAAAUGGUAGAGAGUAUAAUUUAUCUGGAAACCAGCUCUAAUGUUGUUGUUGGUACAGGAUACAACUAUCCUGACCAGGAUACACCUGAUUCGGGGCGAUUGCUUAUGUUUACUAUUGAUAAGGAUAACCUUGAUUUAGUUACUACCUAUAAGGUGCAAGGAUCAGUAAACACGCUCAGAAGUUACAACGGUUUAAUUAUUGCCGGUAUCAACGCCACUGUCAGUGUUUUUGUCGUACGUGAAGGAAGCUUUCACGUUGAAGGUUGUCUUCGAACACCUACGUAUACCAUAGAUCUUUGCGUCGAUGAUAAUGAUAUAGUGGUUGGUGAUUUGAUGAAGUCAAUUUCGGUAAUUAACUAUUCAGAAAGUCAGUUGUCUGAAUUAGCUAGAGACUUCAAACCCAUAUGGGUAUCGUCUGUUGAGAAGCUUGAAAGACACAAGUACUUUGUGUGCGAUGCGGAUGGUAACGCAUUUAUUCUUCUGCGGGAUGUGCACUCGCCGCAAAUAGCCGACCGCAAACGUUUACGCCGUUUGGAUCAAUACUUUCUAGGAGAGUUUGUAAACAAAACUAGGGUUGCUGCAUUAAGAAACCCCCUAGAAGGAAGUUUUGUACAUCCAAAGCUCAUUUCCGUCACAGUGGAUGGUGCUAUAAUGCUGGUUGGUGAUGCACAUGAUUAUGCUGACAUUCUUUUGCAACUUCAGGAUAAUGUAAGACGUGCUUUACCUUCGACAGGUGGAUUGAGUCACGAAGUCUGGAGAAAAUGUCAUUCUGAAGUCGCUGAAGACCUUCCAAGUAAGCUAAUAGACGGUAAUUUAUUAGAAGGUAUCGUGGAUAUGCCUUUGUCUAUAAAGGAAGAUAUUGUUCAAGGGAAAAACGGAGGUUUACCUUUGAAUAUUUCUGUAAAUGAAUUGGUAAACUUAUCGGAGAGUCUUGCUAGAUUACAUUCCUGAAUUCAUUAACCUAAUGAGCUUUAAACGAAAAAAAAAAAAAUUGGCAAGAACACUUCGGCAUAUAGUAUAUGUACAUAAAAAUUUUUUUGACGAUAACAAUUCACAAACCUUUUUUUUCCAUUAAACAUAUUAUUUUCCUUUACUUGCUCGUUUCGAGAGAACUUGUUACAACUCAUUCGAAGAUGAAGUCAACUACUAUCUAGAAUUUUAUUAACAUAAUUUAUUUGGUUUAAUUUUCAAAAUUCAUAGCCUGUGCAUUUAAAUAUU